AUGACUGAAAAAGGAUCGUCAACUUGUGAUUUGGAAUUAAAACUACAAGAACAAAGCAAUAAUUUAUUACAACUUCAAACAAAUUUUAACAAUCUUCAAUUAAAAUAUAUUGAAGAGAAAGAAAAGACAUUUAAUCUUGAAAAUAAAUUAAAAGAAUUAAAUGAGAAAAUUCAAAAAAUUAAUUUUGAUAGUAGUCAAAAAGACGAAAAAAUAAAUUCUUUGGAAGAAAAAAUUAAAAAUGCAGACAAAAACAUUGCUGACUUGACAAUUAACUCUGGAGAAAUAAAUAUUUUGAAUUAUGUAGAAAUUAAAAAUAAAUGGAAAGAAAUUUCUAGUGAAUGUUGUGAAAAUAAAUGUAUUAAUACAAACAAUCCUGUAGGUGUUUGUAUUGAAGGGAAUGGAUUUGCUAAUUUAAUUAAUGAUGAAAAUAUUAAAUAUAUUAAUUGUGUAGAAAAUUGGGGAUUGUUUGGAUUUGGAAGGAAGAAAAGUAAAUAA